AUGUUUUUCUCAGAUGUUCUUGGUCGUCCCCUACUCCCUUUAUCCAACGCUAUCCCUUCUCUCUCUCUCUCUCUCUCUCUCUCUCUCUCUCUCUCUCUCUCUCUCGGACUCUUCUAUGAACUAUCUCUCUCUGUCUCGACCUCUCCCACUACUCUCUCUCUCUCUUACAUCUCUCUCAGACUUUUACUUCCACAAUCCUUCUUUGAACUCAUCUCUCUCUCUCUCUCUCUCUCUCUCCCCCCCCCACCUUCCCUGUCUCAGUCAGUCUCUCUCUCUCCUCCACAUCUCUCUCUCUGUCUCAGACUUCUCUCUCUCCUCCCCCACCUUCCCUUCUCAGUCAGUCUCUCUCUCUCUCUCCCCCACCUUCCCUGUGUCAGUCUCUCUCUCUCUCUCUCUCUCCCCCACCUUCCCUGUCCCAGUCAGUCUCUCUCUCUCUCCUCCACCCCACCUUCCCUGUCUCAGUCAGUCUCUCUCUCUCUCUCCCCACCUUCCCUGUCUCAGUCAGUCUCUCUCUCUCCCCCCCACCUUCCCUGUCUCAGUCAGUCUCUCUCUCUCCCCCCACCUUCCCUGUCUCAGUCAGUCUCUCUCUCUCUCCUCCCCCACCUUCCCUGUCUCAGUCAGUCUCUCUCUCUCUCCUCCCCCACCUUCCCUGUCUCAGUCAGUCUCUCUCUCUCUCCUCCCCCACCUUCCCUGUCUCAGUCAGUCUCUCUCUCUCUCCUCCCCUAA